AUGGCUGAGAUUAUCUCUUCCUCUUCGUCACCAUUACUCUUGUUUGAAGGGGCCACACCAACUAUUCAACAACGCCUCCAAUUCAUCAUGCAAAGUCGAAGUGAGUGGUGGGUCUACGCCAUCUUUUGGCAAGCAUCAGAAGACAACAAUGACCGCAUUCUUCUUUCUUGGUGUGAUGGCCAUUUCCGAGGCCAUGACCAACUCAAACUCGGGUUUGACAUGAAGAGAAAGAAGGUGGCCAGAGGAAUUCAAUCACUUGUCAAUGGUGGCGAUGCCACAGACCCCGAGUGGUUUUACAUGGUGUCUGUGACAAAGUCAUUUGCCCAUGGAGAUGACAUUGUUGGCCAAAGUUUUAGUUCUGGUGCUUAUGUGUGGCUAACCGGUGAUCAUGAGAUGCAGUUUUACGACUGUGAAAGGGCAAAAGAAGCUCAUGGGCAUGGGAUUCAAACUAUGGUCUGUAUUUCAAUUUCAAAUGGUGUUAUUGAACUGGGUUCCUCAGAAAUAAUCGAAGAAGAUCGGGGUUUACUCCAACUAACCAAGUCUCUUUUUGGUUCUGACUCUGAGGAUAUCACCAUGGUAUCAAAACAGCCUGGUGGCCAUGUGGGUGAGAUUCUGUUUCCCCCGAACCGGAAUCUUUCCCUCCUAGACUUUGGUGUUCCAAAAGAGAGUUAUGAAGAGAGAAAUAAGAAAGAAAUGACGAUAGUAACAGGCCAGUCAUCAUCUGAAUCAGGGGCUUCUGAUCUUCAAGGCACUUUUUACUCAAAUUCAACAUUGAUGAACAUUCGUUCUGAAAAAAGAGAAAGGAAGACAAUGAUAAGCUUAGAAACACCACCCGUAAACCAUGUUCAGGCAGAGAGGCAGCGAAGAGAAAAGCUGAACAAUCGGUUCUACGCACUACGAAGUGUGGUGCCCAAUGUAUCGAGGAUGGACAAAGCGUCUUUACUUGCAGAUGCAGUUUCAUAUAUCAAAGAGCUUAAAGCGAAGGUAGGGGAAUUAGAGGCAAAACACCGAGUAGAAUCCCAAUCCCACAAGGCAAAGGUAUUGUUGGAGAUUUCCUAA